ACUGCCGGCCAUUUGCCAUUGAGUGAAACUAUCGCUGUCCUUCCCGACGGCCCGGUUCCAUUCGGUCUCCAAUUCCUCACCACACCAUCCAAACCCUCUUCCUCCGCCGGCUCCUCUCCGCCCGGUCGCUGGCCGUCCCCGCUCGUUCGCCACCCCCGCCGCCGCGUUCCCCGUCAAACUUCCGAUUCGAAUACGCCGGCCCCUCCCUCUCCCUUCCGGAUCCUCCACCGGCCGCUCCUCAGUCCACCGCCUCCGCCGCCGCCGCCACAGCGCGGCCCCUUGCGUUUUUCUGUUGUGAACUUCAACCCAGGAAUAGCAAUGUCUUGGACAAGAGGUUUAAGGUAUGGUGUUAUUCCGAGGCAUGCGGCUCAGUUGAUAGAGAGUAGAAGCCUUGCAAUUGCAAGCAAGGCAAAGAAGGGUGGCAAGGGUGGUGCGGCUGAUGCUGGCAAAACUCCUGCACUCAGCAAAGAACUGAAGAGUACAACAGUGUUUGGGGCAAAUAUCCUCAAGGAGGGUUCUGAUCCGAAAAUUCAACUAGAUUCUGAGUAUCCCGACUGGCUGGGGCACCUGCUCGACAAGCGUCCUGUGCUAAGUGAGCUGCGGAGGAAAGAUCCCAAGACACUCCCUUAUGAAGACCUGAAGCGUUUUGUCAAGUUGGAUAACCGAGCUCGGAUCAAGGAAAACAAUGCUCUCACGGCAAAGACCUGACCUGGAGAUAAGUCUCAGGAAGGAACAGGGCCUAUCAUAUUUCCUUUUUCAUUUGAAUAUUUACUAGAGGGCAAGGUGAAUUAUUCGUUUUUGGCAAUAAGGUAGUGACUUGGAACAUUAAAUUCUUCGGCCUUUCUUAAUUUGGUACCAUUAUAGGCAGUUUAUGGCACCAGCAUGCUUCCGCUUCAUCUUGUGAAGAUGUAGCCUCUGCUGUUUUGUGUCCAGUUCUGUAGUGAAUUCUUGAGUUCCAUAGUUCUGCGUCAUUAUCAGGCUAUCCUGCUUGUGUUGGUAUUUUGGGAGGGCAUAAUUAUGUUGAAAUGCGCUUUUUCGUU